AUGGCUGUUCAUUUUGAUCAUCGUCUUGACACCGAUGAUGGUGGUAUCACUACUAAGAUAGGAUGGCUGAAGAGUUCUCCAAUCUUGGCAGUCUUAUCCUAUGGUGAAGAAAUUGGUGGUUCUGUAGUACUUUAUAAUGAAGAGGGAGAGAAGCUGCCACAUAAACCUAUAACUCAUCAGUGUCAUCCAACUUCAUUUGCCUGGCAUCCAACUCGGAAGAUUCUGGCAGUGGGAUGGGAGACGGGUGAAAUCACUCUGUGGAAUGAGCAGGACAAGGAGUUGAUUGAAACUCCUCACCUUCAUCGUUCAGAAGUGACUGUCAUGCAUUGGAGUUCGAAUGGGACAAGACUUCUGACAGCUGACAUUUCAGGUGUUCUGAUAGGCUGGAAGUCUGACAGCAAGGGUAGGCUGGGUCAAGACCCAUUCCAGCAUCAUGUUCAGGAACCAAUCACCCAGAUCAUCUUGAAGCCAGUGUCUCCACAAGACCCAGCUAUGGACAUCAGUAGCCUGGCCAAAGCUGCGGUCAGCGGUGAUGAAUCAGCACUGGACAUGUUUAUCUGGAAACGAGGGGGCAAAAAUAAAAUGGCCUCAUCAUUUGGACCACAAGAGUCUAUGUCUUUUUUUAUUGGAGGUGCCAGUGGUGGUGUUUACUACCUGAGUGAGCAAGGAAGGUGUGUUCAGUGCUUCUCUGUAGACACUUUGGUGAGGAAGCUUUUGUUCUAUGAGACAAAGAAUGUUCUAGUGACCAUCACUGAAGGACUCAUGCUUACACAACAUGCAGUUUUUGGGGAGGGUGAUACAAAGGAGAUCCUCAAGGUGAAACUUAGUGGACGAUCUGAAAACCCAACCUUUAUUUGGGCUGGAAAAGGUAUUCUUGCUACAGCCACUGGAGAAGCAGUUGUUAGAAUGUGGGACCUAGAUCACGAUGACAACUAUGUCCUGACUCUAGAGGGCAACACAGGCUAUGACAGAAAUGAAGCAAUAAUGAGCCUUGCAUACAAUGAAAACAGCAUGGUCCUGGCUGGCGGAACCAACAUGGGAAACAUUGCUUUGUGGAAAUACUCCCCUCCUGCUGGCAACCGCAAAGUUGAUAGUGAAGACUUGUGGAAGCUGCAGGCACCAGCGACCAUUGAUGGACCAGCCAGACAGAUUGAGUGGAGUCACAGCCGAGGGUUGAUGGCAGUGAAUACAUUUGCCAGUGUGUACAUUCUCUGUGAACAAGUCAUGAAUUUCAGUUACAAGGACCAGACCGCAGCGGUACAGUAUGGUCCUGGGGCUGUCAGCAUAGAAAUCUUUUCUGCAUCUGUACAUCAUGAUCUGAAGACAGAGAUCCAGAUCAAGGGCAUAUGUACAACUAAGGAUACAGUAGCUGUCUGGAAUGGAAAGAGAAUAGUUGUGUAUGAAUUCGCUGGGGACAAAUCAACAGUCAAGGCAGCAGGAAGUUUUGCUACGGAUGCCAUGGUCAUCAGAUUGUAUGAACAGAGUGUCUACGCGAUUGAACAGAACAAGGUUCAGGUUCGAACAUUUCAGGGUACAGUUAAGCAGUUGAUAACCUUUGCUGAAUCUGAGGGACACCCAGUCAGCCUUGACAUAUGUGGGAGUUAUUUAGUUGUCGCUACAGAUGCUGGUGUGUUGCGGGUGUACGAUCUCUCAAGGAGGGAGGCUAAAGCUCACAGCAGCCCCAAAAACAUCGCAGAAGUCAUCUCUGGAUUUGGCGGUGUUAUCUCAGCGAAAGUCAACUGUGCUGGAAGCAGAGUCAGCAUUCAAGUUAUGUCUGUUGAUGGGAAGCCAGACCCUCGCAUGUACUUCUGGGAUGUGGAGAUGGAUGCUGUGCAGUACUUCAACUUUGAGACUGGUCGCGGGGAGCAGGAUGAUUACCCAGUCCAGGGAGAACUGCCGGAAACUGAUGAUUACGACACCAACGAUGCAGAAAGAGGCAAGAAUCAGGCAGCAAAGGACAUAGCUGGCCGCUACCCAUUUGCACAUUACUGGGAUCCUGCUGAGCCCAAGUUCUGUGUCUGUGAGGCUUGGAUCUUGCCAAAUAUAACGGACCAGAGUCCGAAGAAAACACACUCACUGACCAAAAUUAUCGAAGAGGGACCUGUUGAAGUUAUGGUCGUGUCUUUAUUUUGCACACCUGAAAAUGGUGUUUUAAUUCAAGACAGCUUCCCACUGUCACCAGACUUUGGCCGACUAAUUGGUGUAGAAGUUCCCUACUAUUAUUUUACAAAGAAGAAUGGAAAUAACCCAGAAAAUCAACAGACAGAUAAUGGAGUGUCAAAUGCCGAGACUGGAACUCCUUCCCAUUCCACACUGGUGGCUAGAAAAAUCAUGCAAGACUUUGUGGGACUUGAGAAUAGUGACAAGGGCACUCAGGAAGCCAUGAUGAAUUUCAGUUUCUACCUCACAAUUGGCAACAUGGACGAGGCAUUUAAAGCCAUCAAGCUCAUUAAAAGUGAAUCGGUGUGGGAGAAUAUGGCCAAGAUGUGUGUCAAGAACCGCCGGCUGGACGUGGCCAGUGUGUGCCUGGGCAACAUGGGCCAUGCCAGAGGAGCCAAAGCCCUUCGUGAAGCUCUCAAGGAACCAGAGCUAGAUGCCAGAGUUGCUGUUUUGGCUGUCCAGCUGGGUUUAUACGAAGAUGCCGAGAGGUUGCUGAAGAACUGCAAGCGUUAUGAUCUGCUGAAUGAGUUUUAUCAAAACAGAGGAAACUGGCUCAAGGCACUGCAGACAGCAGAGAUGUAUGACCGCAUACAUCGCAGAACUACAUUUUACAAUUAUGCUCGUCACCUCGAAGACCAAGGGGACACUCAGAACGCAAUUCCUAACUAUGAGAAAUCUGAGACUCAUAAAUUUGAAGUGCCUCGGAUGCUGAUAGAUGACCCUGACCAGCUAGAGGACUACAUCAGUAAAAGCAAAGACAAAACAUUACGGCGCUGGUGGGCACAGUACAUGGAAAGCACAGAAAAUAUGGACACAGCAAUUCAGUUCUAUGAGUCAGCACAGGAUUUUUUCUCUCUUGUCAGGGUCUAUUGCUACUGUAACAACAUGGAAAAGGCAGCAGAGGUUUGCAAUGAGACUGGUGAUAAAGCUGCUUGUUACUACCUGGCCAGACAGUAUGAGAAUCAGGAGCACAUCAAGGAAGCCAUCCAUUUCUUCCAGAGGGCGGGUGCAUAUGGCAGCUCCAUACGGUUGUGUAAGGAGCAUGGCUUUGAAGACCAGCUCCUCAACUUGGCACUGAUGGGUCGUCCAGAAGACAUGAUUGAGGCAGCCAGAUAUUAUGAGGCCAAACAAGGUAGCCAAGAUAAAGCAGUUAUGUUGUACCACAAGGCUGGCAAUUAUUCUAAAGCUCUGGAGCUUGCUUUCACAACUAAACAGUUUGGGGCUCUACAGCUCAUUUCUGGUGAUCUAGAUGAAAGAGCUGAUCCAGAGUUGCUCCAGAGGUGUGCAGACUUCUUCAUGGAGAAUGAACAAUAUGACAAAGCUGUGGACUUAUUGGCUAUAGGUAGAAAGUACUGGGAAGCUGUUUCCAUCUGUAAUGAGCAGACAGUAGAGAUAACAGAGGAUCUUGCAGAGAAGCUGACACCGGACAAAGACUUUAACAUGGACCCAGUGGCCAGAAACAAGAUUCUGGAAGCCAUCGGAGAAGUGUGCAUGCAUCAAGGAGCCUACCACCUGGCGACUAAGAAAUUCACGCAGGCUGGAAAUAAGAUAAAGGCUAUGAAAGCUCUUUUGAAAUCUGGUGACACAGAGAAGAUUGUCUUCUUUGCCGGUGUGUCCAGGCAGAAGGAGAUUUAUGUCAUGGCAGCAAACUAUCUCCAGUCCCUGGACUGGAGGAAGGAUCCAGAAAUCAUGAAAAACAUUAUUGCUUUCUACACCAAAGGCAGAGCUCUGGACGCUCUGGCUUCUUUUUAUGAUGCCUGUGCCCAGGUUGAGAUUGACGAAUAUCAGAACUAUGACAAAGCUCUGGGUGCCCUCGGGGAAGCUUACAAAUGCCUCUCAAAAGCCAAGCAGGAUGACCCCAUGAUGCAGGAAGAGAAACUUGAGGCUCUCAAACAUAAAAUGGCAAAUAUAAAAAAAUUUGCCAUGGCCAGACGAGUGUAUCCAGAGAACCCAGAGGAGGCAAUCAAGCAAUGCCAAAGUCUGCUUGAGGAGAAGAACAUAGAUACAGAUGUCAGGAUUGGGGAUAUUUACGGCUUCUUGAUUGAACACUAUGCUUCCACACAGCGAUGGAAGGCUGCUCAUACCCACCUGAAAGAACUUCAGAGUCGCCUGCCUGGGGUACAACUGGGCUAUUAUGUCAACAUGGCCACUGUAGAAGCAAUCCACUCAGCCUUGUCUCUGCCCAUGGACAAGAGCCUGCGGAGUGAACACAUCAAUGGUUUCAGAAUGGGAGCUGGGGAUCACGAGGGAGAACCUGGAGAGUUUGUGGAUGAAGAGGUUAUAGAAGAUAUGCACACUGGUGGGAUUGGAUAG